AUGAGAGAAGUGCGGUGGCACAAGCCCGAACGGCCUCCCAAAGAAGGCAAAAGCCAGGAGCCGUUGGACGUUUUGCUGCCCCGUUCAGCGGCUUGGCUGACCCUACAGGGCUGCCGCUGCGAAUACGAGUACGCGGGGUUGCGCUUUCCACCAGUGGCAAUGCCUGAGUGGUUCCUAGAGAUCACGGAUCAGGUAACUCGCGCUUGUGGACUGGAGGACCGCCCGAACUCAUGCAAUCUGAAUCUGUACCAGAAUGGUGCCGACAAUGUCAGCUGGCACUGCGAUGACGAACCGCUCUUCGACGCGACAGGUCGCGAUGCACUGAUUGUGUCAUUGUCGCUAGGUGCAACCAGGUCUUUCCAACUUCGGCCCAAAGAUGACCCUUUUGAAGAGACACUGCUGUAUUUAGAGGACUGCGAGCAAGUCAUUCACGAGGUCAAAAGCAUUACAGGCACCGUGUCCCUCCAGAGGAUGAAAGUGAUGCAUGUGAUGCAUCAUGUUCUUCGUCCGAACGCUGCUGCGCGGCGAGCUUUUGCAGCGAUUGCCUGUGAUUCUGUGAAAGUGCCCAAAGCAUGGUACAACAUCCAGGCAGAUCUCAAGGUGCCUCUGCCACCUCCUUUGCAUCCCGGAGAACUGCGUCCAUGUCUGCCUGAUGACUUUGCCCCUUUGUUUCCCAUGUCUUUGAUUCAACAGGAAAUAAGUACCGAGAGAUAUAUCGAUAUCCCAGAGCCCGUCCGAGAAGUGUUGGAGUUGUGGCGACCUUCACCCUUGUUCCGCGCCAGUCGCUGGGAGAAAGCAUUGAAGCUGCCGCAGGAUGUGAAGAUUUUCUACAAAUACGAAGGAGGCUCUCCAUCUGGGUCCCACAAGACCAACACAGCCGUGGCUCAGAUCUUUUACAACAAAGAAGCGGGAACCAAAAAGGUCACCACUGAAACUGGAGCUGGACAGUGGGGAAGUGCCCUUGCAUUCUCAGGAGCACAAUUCGAUUUGCCAGUUGAAGUCUACCAGGUGAAAGUGUCCUAUGAACAGAAGCCCUACCGGAAGGCCUUCAUUGAGACCUGUGGGGCCCAGAUCUAUCCAUCGCCAUCGCAUCGGACCCAAUAUGGAGCAAAGGUCCUACAGGAAGAUCCAGCGUGUCCCGGAUCCCUCGGGAUUGCCAUUUCGGAAGCGAUUGAAGCAUGCGUCACAUCUGGUGGGACCGCCAAGUAUGCACUUGGUUCAGUUUUGUCCCAUGUCCUCAUGCACCAAACUGUGAUUGGACUGGAAGCUAUCGAACAAAUGGAAAUUUCUGGAGAGUCCCCCGAUGUGGUCGUGGGAUGCACAGGCGGCGGAUCCAACUUUGCUGGAAUCACGUUUCCGUUUCUAGGUCAGAAACUCAGAGGAGAGCGAAACAAGAUUCGCUUUGUUGCUGUUGAGCCAGCAGCUUGCCCUUCUUUGACAAAGGGGGUCUAUGCUUACGAUUUCGGUGACACUGCUCAAAUGACUCCUUUAAUCAAAGCACAUACUCUAGGAGCAGCUUUCAUUCCUCCCAAAGUGCAUUCAGGAGGUCUCAGAUAUCAUGCGAUGGCACCUCUGAUUUCGCACUUGAAAGAACUUGGAGAAUUGGAAGCUCGAGCGGUACCACAGAGCGCUGCAUUUCAAGCAGGGGCCUCUUUCUUUCAAUCUGAGGGCAUCCUUCCUGCUCCAGAAGCGACCCAUGCCAUCGAAGGUGCACUUGCUGAGGCGAAAGAUGCAGCCUCAAAGGGCGAGCCACGUUCAAUUUUGUUCAAUAUGUGUGGCCAUGGCCAUUUCGAUAUGGCAGCUUGGCAAAAGUGGAGCGAAGGCCAGCUGGAAGAUUUUGACUACCCAGAUGAGCUCGUGCAAGAAGCCUUGAAAAGCGUCCCAGGUUUGAAUGGCGUUGAUUGGCCAAUGCUCUUGCGCGAGGAGCGACAUCGCGCUUGGGCCUGUGAAAACGUUCACUUGAAAGUCAUUGACAAUCAGCCUUGGGAGGCGUGGGCUUUGGAUCGCCAAGAUGCGUUUGCAGAGCUCACCUUCAAGGUGUUGAAUCCUCAUCCGCUGAAAGAUGUCGACCGAGAAGAUUUCCUGUGGAGCUUGGCUUCGCCGCCUUACAACCAAACAGCGCCCGACGGAGCAAAGAGGCAGCCAGAGGUUGCCACUGCACGCUUCUGGACGAUCAUGCACGUACCACCAGGGCGCGCAUUUGCGGUUGAGCAGAUGAAUCGUCUGGAUAUCGUGCGAGACUGGCUUCCGCAGCUGUUCACCCAUUUAGGUGUUGCAGGAUCUGUGGACAUGUACGCAACACGAGUAGGGCGUCGGAAAGUCGGAUCCUAUGGUUGGCACAUGGACACCGUAGAUGCCCUCAUUUAUGUUCUGAAGGGCACGAAGCGGGUACGAGUCGCUGGGCGCUACCCUGGAAGCAAAGUCACUCUAGACAAGGUGCUGAAUGCCGGCUCGUUGGUCUAUGUCCCUGGGGGGCGCUUCCAUAUUUUACAUGCUCUACCAACAGAUGUUGAUGCUAAGACAGCUCAGAUGGUGGUUGUCCUCAGCAUUGGUCUCUUUAAUCCCAAUGAGGAUUUGUUAGAGGUCCGUACUGAAACAUACAGGUCGGCCUUUGAAAAUCAGAACCUGCUUUGGUCGGACGUGACGGGACAAGCAUCUGCGCUGCCGGAGAACUUUCCUAGAAAACCGGAAGUGAUUUAUGCUGACAAGGAUGCUUUGGAUUCCAAGGGAUUGGGGGCUUUGCACCGCCGCGCGCUUCAAAGCGACUCGCUGCGGCUGACGAUGCUACUUCAUCAAGGGGCUGAGGUGAACCUCCGCAGCCGGCCAGAAGAAGGGAAACCUUCGAUCACACCUCUAGGGUUGGCAGCGUGUUGCGUCCAAGAUGAGGAGAAAGCCUUGCUAAUCAGCACCAAACUGUUGGAAUUUGGGGCAGCUGCUACCGUAGAAUUUCAUAGUGAUGGGAAGAACUUUUCAGUCGUUGAUGUGGCACGGCGGCGCAACGAUGCCUUUGCCGCGCAACUCCUUCUCCGACUGCAUACUGCCACUGACACCACAGUUGAUUAUGAGAAAGACGACAAAGAUGGCGGCACUGCCACUGGUGGCAACGAGUUGUAG